AGGUUGCCCCCAUUGAACCCGAACCGAAGGUUCCUGUUGAUGUCAGUGGUUGACCUCUACUCAACUGCUCGUCGGGAGAUCCACCGAGUUUCUGAAUAAAGAAGAGGAUGAAGUUCUGCAGGGCCCCACCAACAUUUCCUUAUAACUCCCCCCAUCGUCCAUCGAUCCACAGCACAGACUCGUCCAGGCCACACGCCACACACGAACCCCUUAUCCCCUGCUACCUUCAUACUCAAAUCCAAUUCUGCUACUCGCCGCCGAGCAAGAUGCCAGCCGGCGAAAUACGCUACCCGACGGCAGCCCCACCCCGCACUUCGUUCACCGGCUUCACCGACUCAUGCGAAGACGAGGCAUGGGUUUGGUCCCAGAUUAAAGCCGAGGCUCGCCGGGAUGCCGACGCGGAACCCGCCCUCGCCAGCUAUCUCUAUUCCACUAUCCUCUCCCACUCCUCCCUGGCUCGCUCCAUCUCCUUCCACCUCGGCAACAAGCUAUGCUCUUCCACCCUCCUGUCCACCCUCCUAUACGAUCUCUUCCUGAGUUUCUUCUCCAAAGAACCCUCACUCCGUGCCGCCACGGUCGCCGACCUCCGUGCCGCCCGAAUGCGUGACCCAGCCUGCGUCUCCUUCUCGCACUGCCUCCUCAACUACAAGGGAUUCCUCGCCUGCCAGGCCCAGCGCGUGGCUCACAGGCUGUGGAACGAGUCGCGUCGCCCGCUCGCGCUCGCUCUCCAAUCCCGAAUCGCGGACGUAUUCGCCAUAGACAUCCACCCGGCGGCGAAGAUCGGGAAGGGGGUUCUCUUUGAUCACGCCACGGGGUUGGUUGUUGGGGAGACGGCUGUAAUCGGUAACAACGUGUCGAUACUCCAUCACGUAACGCUGGGCGGAACAGGGAAGGAGAGUGGAGAUAGGCAUCCGAAGGUCGGCGAUGGGGUAUUGAUCGGAGCUGGCGCCACGAUAUUGGGGAACAUAAAGAUCGGGGAGGGAGCGAAGAUUGGAGCGGGAUCGCUGGUUCUGAAGGAUGUACCGCCGAGGACCACCGCAGUUGGAAACCCGGCGAGGCUUGUAGGAGGGAAAGACCAGCCUGCAAAACACGAAGACAUUCCUGGGGAAUCGAUGGAUCAUACAUCCUUCAUCUCGGAAUGGUCAGAUUACAUAAUUUAAAUCUGAAUGGCUUACUUACUUUGUUUCCGUGAGAUUGGUAGUAUUGUAUAAGACGAUUACUGAUGCUUGCUGGUCUGUGACUGUGACAUUUUUUGGUUUCGUUGAUCCAAUGAGUGCGCCACCAUUGCGACCGAGACGUGUAAGUUAUUAAUUGGAUGAGGAUUAGAAAGAAUUUAGACCUAUUUUUGGUCGUCUGAACCUUGGAGCGAUGGACACAAUGCGCUUUCAGUUGGAUUUUCUUUAGAUUCCAAUCCAACGUCUUAAAUCUACGAGUAUUGACUGUAAGCCAAUAGAAUAGAAUGGAAUUUGUAGAUGCUCUCUUUGUUUCCGUCUACACUUGUUAUCCAGUUUUGCGAUCAAUUGAUACGUAGCAAAAUCUAUGGUGCA